CUUUGCCUAAUCGGGACCAAACCCACCUAAUAUGCUUUCCAGAGAUUUCCCUUGUAACUCCUUUUAUUUCUGUUGGAGUAUUCAUAAAAUAAAAUAUAUUUAAUACAGUUAGACGCUCGUAUCCAUUGUAUAUAAUGCUUUUCUUUUGUAAUACUCCUUUCAUUCCUUAAAGUUCCAUAUUUUAAAUUUUUUACACAUCUUAAAAAACACAUUAAAUUUGCAUGAUAUUUUGUGUUUAUCUUUUUUUCAUAAUUUUAAACCAAUAAAAAUUGAAUUAGAGCAAUUAAGUUUUUUGAAAUUUGCAAUUGAUUAAUAAAAUAUGCAUUGAAAAUAUAAAAGAUGGAUCUUAUUGAAACAAUUUUUUUUUUUAGAAUAUGUAAUUUUAAGGAACAAAUUCUUUUGUAAUAAUAUGUAAUCGGUCUCGUAAUAUUAAAUAUAUUUGCUUAUGUGGUGUUACAGAAAAAAAUUUGCUUAAUUAUGUGGUUGUGAGAAUAAGAAAAUUCGUAUAUCUGACAGAGUCAUAGCUUUGAUCCAAAUCACCGAAGCCAUAGGCUGAAAAGUAGCCACCAAAUUAAAAAAUUAAAAGAAAUUAGUAAUGAAUUACUUGAAAGUUCUCGAUUAAUUAAAAAUCAACACCCCCACAAAGGUCGUCUUUUUACCUUUUUAGGUUUUUUGGGCAAAAAAAAACUGAUUCAAUCCUUACUACACACCACAAGACUGAGACAAAGGCAAAAUAUGUACCGAUCCGCAAGCUGGAGCCGCGUGACUGAGGAUUACUCAGUACCUUGGUCUGCGCCGAAGGGAUUAUGGAAAGGCCUAGACGAAGACGAGCCGACUACAUACGACCCUACGAGCCAGGAAGUGACAAAGAAGGAGAAGUCACGUGUCAAAUUUGCUGAAAACGCUGUUCACAUAAUCCCCUUUGUCCUUCUCGCUUGUGCUCUCAUCCUUUGGUUUUUCUCUAACCCAAAUGUAGAUGUUGGGGUAAAAGAGGAAUCAAUUGCGGCUAGGAUCAAAGGAUUAACGAUUGAAGGAGACAUUGACAAUGACAGCGACGGAACUCAGACCGGAUUCUUAGGCACCGCCACAGAAGUGGGAGGUUCAUAUAAGUCGAAGCUAAAACGCGACGUUAAUAAGCGUCAUCGGAGGAUACAAACUUCAAGGAAAGUGGUGAAAGGAUUUUAUUAGUAUUUUUUGGGGGCUAAAAAGGAGUUCCCUACAUUUUAACAACUUAAAUCGAUUUUUAUUUCCUAUUUUCCCGCAUUUUGAUUGAGAUGUGUUACUUUGGUUACGUUUUGCUUUAUACUUUCUCAAAUAAUAUCCACCAGAACUACAUUAAUGAAAAAAAGUCUAAUGAUAAAGAGCUAUUCCGUUGGUCUUAUUUCCUACUUAUUUUUUUUUUUAACAAACGACUAUAGACUAUAAUUAUAGAAAGUCUUUACAACAACAAAAAAAAAAUCUCUACAAAAUAUUUCUGAACCUACCAAGUUUGCAAAACAGAAACGGCUGUCGAGGUCUUCUAGGAUAUAAAAGAUGCUUCUAAACACAUGUGCCAGAUCUAGUGCUACUCUCCCCUUCAC